UUUGACCUCUUCAUGGUAUUUGUUGACAAAAAGACAAAAAUCACCCACCUUCUUUUUUUUAAACUCAAACCUAUAUAUUUACAACUACUAACAUUUAUGAAUGGUAUAUAGUAUUAUAUUUGUAAUUAUUUUGUCUGUUAGGGGAAAGUUGGCCAAGUAUGGUUUGAAAGAUGUAGAUUCUGUAAAUUCUCUGCUGAGGGCAAGUUUUAUGAAAAAAAUAUAAUAAUUUAAUGCAUACAUGCAUUCAUUUCUGUGUUUGGUUCCUUCAUUUAAAUAUCAGUUCCGUGCUUUGAUGUGUUUUGUUCUCUGAGAUUUUUUACAAACAUGAAAAGUUGUAGAAGAUAACACAAUCUUUUUUAUUUUUACAGGUUUCAGGAAAUGAUUGGGAGAUUAGAGAUAAAACAUCUCCUCAUAGGUGAACUGGUGAGUAAAAUAUAUUGAAUCUUCAGACUGUAGUGUGAUAUUUAAACCUGCAUGUCUGUCAUAUCAUAACAUUAGUCUGCCAUCACUUUUAUCAUCUCACUGUUUAGACUCACUGGAGGCAGACUUUUGCUAUCACUGUGUUGCUGACAGGCCUGGACCAGAGCGAGGAGACUCUGUCUCGCCCAAAUGGAGCAAGAGGUCCAAGAAGAGCUGGAAAAUGAAAAGCGGCUUUCACAGCUGCUGUUCAGGAAGGUAACACUGGAGCACCUUCAGAUGUUUGUGUCAAACAUCCGCAUAAAAGCGGAGGAGUCUGUACAAACAUUUAUUCCAUCACUGCACAGCAAACUGCUGUGGCAUUUUGGUGGCACUCAGCUUCGUCCAGUCUCUGCAGGGGAUACAAAGCCAGCAGAGCUCUUGGAACUUGAGCAGAGCACUGCGCCAGUGGUCCCAGCGGUGGUGAACACGGUUCUGAAGACAAAACUGAAGCUGCUUCAGGUUGGAAGACUGCUGACUGACUCAGCAGCUCCCUGUCUCUCUCAGUAUGGACCUACACCUCUUCUGCCUGAGGUCUGCACUGUAGUGGGUUGAUAUAUGGUCAGAGCCAUCUUCAAGAAGUUUGACCAUCGCUCCAAGACUUUUCACCUGAUGGAUUACGAUGAAAGCUUUUCUCUGCCAGAGAAGGCGUCAUCUCUGCAAUCCCGGACAUGGACCGUGAAGUGCAGACUGCUGCAUCCAGCCAGGUUCAACUUCAGCUCAGCACCUCAAGGGGGCUACAAGAGGGACUCAUAGAGGAGAAGGAGGCCUCUCCAGACUAUGUGUGUGUGCCGCUCUGCCAGCUAGUGUAAUAUCAAUGACUGGUGUUGCCUCCCCUAGCACAAAAUAGCCUGGACACCCAGACAAAAUGUCACUCAACAGGCCUGUCUCCUCUACUUCUCUCAGCCCCCUUUCUUCUCUUCCCCUAAUUCUUUCACACAUCAAGGUUAAUGGAGAAUUUCAGACAUGGGGGGUUCUUUAAAAAUUUGGUAUCAGGGAGGGAGCACAACAGGUGAAGCUUUCAGCACACAAAAGAUAUUUCAUUGCAUGCAGGGUGAAGCCGUCCUGUCUUCGAUUUUGCUGUUUUCCCGCUGUAUUUUCACUCUCAGACACUAGAAACUCAGAGUGUGACAGCAGCAGAAGACACUUCCAGAUGACUUUGAGGUCUUGCUGGUGUUUCUGUCUUGUUACCUGAAAAAGAAAAACAAAGCAGAAUCUUUAUUUUUAUGUUGACAAGACAAGCUGUUUCCACUUUAUGUGCCUUGCAUUUAAGUUCUUUGCAGAGCAAAGAUGCAACACCACCAGAUAUACCAAAUAAUAUAGCUAAGAAGGAUGGGAAAUUGGAUUUUCCAAACAACCCACAGCAGUACAUUAAGCCGAAAGGGAGAUAUUCCAGGUGUGCGUACACUUGUUUGUAAUGUGAAAAUGGAUACCAAAGCAGCAGCAACCCUUGUUUUUUCUAGAUGAAAGCAUCUACCUUUGUCACUGUCAUACUCCUAGCAAAGAGUGUGCACCAGGCUGAAGAUAAGUGUUAGGCAACAGCAACUGUCAUGUAAAUGUGUGAAAGACAAGCUACCAGUUUCCAUUUGCGGGAAGUGCUCACUUGGUUUCCUUGUUUAAAGCAACUGGUGUUUUGCUUGACUGUUAUCACGAGAGGAGACGUUUGACUUACCAAAGGGUCUGUGGGAUCCUACCUCCCUCUCCACCAAUGAGAGAACACACAUGUCUUUGCCAUUGGCCAAUGGCCAUACACUGUAGCAGUUGGGUGGCAAGAUGUGCAUUGUUUUGCAUACUGAGUCCUGAUCACAGAGAACAGAGCGUGAAACCUGUAGAAGCUGUUUGAGCUCCAUGGCCAGGUAUAGGGACAUUUGUAGCAGCUCACAGGGAUAUACUUUUAAAGAGGAGAGAUUCAUGAACAUCAGGAACAGUGUUGCUCUUGAUUUUUCCUUCUUCAGAAAUACCCUUCUAGCACGCAUCCAGGAUCCGACUGCAUCAAAGCCAUACUGACUAUGGCAUUUUGGGCACAGAUAGCUUUCUUGCUAGUCAACAUAAUGACAUCAGCUGUCAGAGGGAGAGUGGAGAAAGUGUUGUCUCCAGAGUGCAGAGAAUUCCUCUACAUGGGAACACCGCCAACAGGGCUACAGCACCACUCCCUCCAAUUCAUUUGUCAGCGUUAUAACAAGAAGCCACGCUACGUGACUCUGUACAACACCAUGGACCAUAUACCUGUCUACUCUGCCUACAUCUUCAAACGCACAGAUGGAGAGAGAUGCGUGGAUGUGCCUUGGAUGUAUGAACCUCAGCUAUCCACAUCCUCUGAUACAGAUGAGAUGCAGCCUUUCCCACAUGGUUACAUUCACAUGAAUUUUGAGGAUGCCCAAGCUGUUCUGGAUGAUUACACAAACGCCAUCCUCUACGAACGUGGUACCCUCAACCCAGACGAGCAUCAUGAUGAGCUUGAUGACAAGGCCUCCACCUACACCCUGACCAACGUCGUACCUGUAGUACCCGAAUUCAACAACGGAGUCUGGAACAAACAGGAGCACAUUAUCCGCAAACGACUCAACAACUAUUGCCGGGGAACAGCCUACAUUGUCACAGGCAUCACCACCUCGGGGAAGAUGAUCCGCCGGCACAACAUCAACCGCAUUGCAGUUCCCACCUACUUGUGGUCAGCUUAUUGCUGUGAGGACUACGACCACAAUGCACCUUAUGACGAACGCUAUAAGUUCCCAUCUUUUGCUUACUAUGGCCUCAAUGAGAAGAAUAACGAGAUGGUUGAAAUCCCUGUCCAGAAGCUUAAGGAGUUCCUCAGGAAGACAACCUAUGUAGACCAGAGCUUUCAGAUUUUUGUGGGUGACUGUAUCCCAGCCCUCAGUCAAACUGAAUAGAAAAAUAUUUUUGCUAUAGGGCAGCUAUUUUGCAUUUUGCCUCGAGUAUCUUAGAAUCACAUCACAUUACAUUUUAUUGUGUCUUCCCCAGAAAAGUUCAUAAUUGUUUGUUAUGAUACACUCUAUGAGACUAAAUGUGUUACCAGUGCUCCUACUUGAACAGUUGAAUAACUUGUCAUUAGUCAGACUGAAAAUGUAACAGUAAUGUACCUGCCUUGUCAAAU